AUGAAGUACUCUCUCGCCUUGUCGCUACUUUCAGCAAACGCAGCAGUAGCCUUCCCCUGGGUCCGCGACGUCCCCGGCGUCAACUCCGCACCCCUUGUCGCACGCCAGCAAAAUCCAGAGCCAGGUGGUCCAGGAUCUGCCGAGACCUGCCCUUUCAACGCAAACCAUGUCCCAGCACCCGAAGUGACGAGCCAAUUCCCAUACAACAACGCAAAGAACGGCAAGAAGGGGAAUGAGAAGGGAGGAUACCAAGUCCCAGCUCCUGGGGAUAAAGUCCAUCGCUUCAUCGCCCCGACUGCUCGAGAUAUCCGUGGACCUUGUCCAGGCUUGAACACCGCUGCGAACCACGGCUUUCUAGCCCGUGAUGGUGUCGUCACAUUCAACGAGCUCGUCAACGCUCAGCAGAAUGUCUACAACGUCGGAUACGAUCUCUCCCUCCUUUUAGCCUUCCUCGGUCUCCAAGCCGACGGUGACCUCGUCACUCAAAAGCUCUCUCUCGGAUGCGACGCCACCACUCGAACCAGUAUCGCCCCAGCACUGACAGGAUCGCAACCCGGUCUUGCAGGCCACAACAAAUUCGAAGCAGACACCUCCCUAACCCGUAACGACUUCUUCACCGGCGGAGGCGACAACUUCAGUUUCAACCGCACCCUCUUCAACAUGAUGUCCGCCAGCACAUCCGGAAAUUUCAACCGCGAAAACCUCGCCAUCUACCGUCGAGAACGCUGGAACCAAUCCGUAUCCGAAAACCCAAAUUUCUUCUUCGGUCCCUUAUCCCUCCUCCUCUUCGGCGCCGCAUCUUUCCUCUACGAACUCUUCCCCUCAGGUUCCAAUGGCUACCGUCCAGACCAAGCAACAAUGAACAGCUUCUUCAUCGACGAACGCCUCCCCGCCAAUUACAUCAACCGCGUGGAACCUUAUAGUAACGGGGAUGUAACCAAGGAGAUUCUCGCCAUGUAUCUCGCUGCUCCGGUUCCUUUUGGGGGGAACACCGGUGAUGGAUCUUUUGUUACGAUUAAUUAUAAUGCUAUUAAAGAUGGGAAGUUGGAAUUGAACCCUACGGCUCCGGGGGUGGCUUGUUUGUUGUAUCAGCUUGCUUCUGGACAGAUUCCUUCGACGCUUAAUGGGGUUGUUACGCCUACGGUUGAGGCGCUGGCGUUUCUUGCUACGAGGAUUUCUCCGGAGUUUGAUAAUUUGGGGUGUGCGCGUGCUCUUACGAAGUAG